AUAAUAGUAUUGAAAUAUUAAAUCAAUAUUAUUUUAUUUUUAACGUGUUACGAUCUAUUUAAUGUUUAAAUAACUAAAUUAUUGUUCAAAUAUUAGUUUAUUGUACUACGUAUACAUGAUGUAUUGUUUAAAUAAUCGAUUGUUUAAAUAUCGAUUAUAAAAUUACCGGAAGUAUUAAUUGUUUAAUCUUAGUUGCAUGGAAAGAAAGAGCUUCGAUGUUUAUUUGUCAGAUUGAAAAGGAAGACUGGAUCGAUAAAUGUUAAAGUCAAUUAAACGUUCGUUUGUUUCUGUUAAUGUUAAAUCUAAUCGACGAUCAGGAGAUCAAAUUUUAAUUGUGUUAAAAUAUUGAAUUGAAAUUAUUUUAAAUGUAACGUGUAUUACGAGCUAUGUAAUGUUUAAGCGAAGAUACUAUUGUUUAAAUUUAGUUCGUUGUAGUCCGUGUGCAUUAUACAUCGUUUAAAUAAUUAUAAAACUUUUCUAAAAUUAUAUAUUAUUCUUAAGAUCUAUUAGUAUGAACGAUUAACCACUUAUUUUGAUUGCUUAUUUUUGCUAUAGAAUUAUCCAUCAAAAACUCAUUAAAACUUCUCGAAGUAUAUAUAAUUUUCGUGGGUUUUGUAUGUAAGCAUGGCAAAACGUGUUUUCUCGUUUGGAAUGGACCUGAAAAUUUGAGCGUCGGUACGCAGACACAAGGCAGCAAUCGUUACUUCAUGGAAACUCAAACACACUCAACCGUUUAUAUGAAAAUCAGUAAUGAAGCUGUUGAAAGUACCCUCUAGAGGACAUUAAUCGAACUAAAAUCUGAAAUUUCUCGUUUUCUUUCGUAUUACCUACUAUCCUUAUUGCUGCAUUCGAUCCUACAUCUAUAAUAUUGCAUCAUUUAAGGCGAACUCUGAUAAUGUCAGAUAAUGAUGCCACCUUGGAUUCAAUGGAUACCGAGGAAGAUAUAUUUAACCCCCAUAGUGAUUCUGUUAGAAGAGCUAAGUCAUUGCGUACUUUACGUUCGCAUUCACAUAGUACUAGCCCACAUAUGACUAGGAAUAACUUAAGUGUACGACGUAGUACUCGUAAUAGAAUGCAAACCUACGACAACCUCAAUACUAGUUGGAUUUUAGGAACGCAAACGUUGAAAGGAUAUCCUAUGUUUCAACAACAUGGAUCUUCAUCUGAUAAGGAAAUGGUAGAUGAAGUACCUGAUCGGAAGCGUGAUUCGCGUGAUCGUAUGCCUCUAAGAUCACGUGAAAAUCAUCCUCCUAACAAAAAUUCAAGCAGACAUAUUAGAGAUAGACCUGAUCAUGAUCAUCAAAGUAGUAGAGAACUUAGGGGACGAUCUGAUCGUGAUCUUAGAGAAAAGUCGGAACAAGAGAAAGAUAUUAGAGAACAUAAAGAUAGACAAGGACGAGAAAAGCCAGAUAGAGAACAUAAGGAUAAAUUAGAAACAAGAAGUAAAUCUGAAGUAAGAACAUCAAAUGAAGAAAAGGAUACAAGGACAAGUAAAUCUAAUAGUCCAUGUAGGCUUAGAGAAGGACCUGUGACUAGGCUGUGUGGAAAUUCUUUAGAUAAAACUGUAAAAACGAAAGUAGAACAGGAUGAAGCAGAAGAUAGCUCGCAUGAGAGUGAAAAACAAGAAAAUAAUGAUAAUUCUGAGAAUGAAGAUGGAUAUGAAGACAUGUAUACUCGUAUUAAGCGUACUAAAAGAACUACCCAACGACAAUUACCAAGGGGUAAGAAGAUUACAGUUGUAGAUAGUGAUUUAAGUGAAUCAUCAGAUUCUCCUGGUCCUAGAAAAUACAGUUUACGUCAAAAAAAGCCAACUGUAGAUAGAUUUCAAGCUAAUGUUGAGCCAGUUAGACGAUCAAUAAAAGCUCUCAGGAGUGUGCUUAGCAAUUCUAUGAGAAGACGAAAGCACAGAAGCAAAAGUACAAGUUCAAGUGAUUCUAGUGAUUCGGAACCGCAACGAUAUGAUAAAAAGAAAGGAAAAAAAGCAAGGCAAUCAGCAAUACCCCAAGGCGGUCCUCCAGAUCGUAAAGCAGAUAUAAAUCCUAUUACACUAGAUACAAAUAUUAGGUUCAGUGAUGUUGGUGGCUUAGAAUCACAUAUCCACUGCCUUAAAGAAAUGGUUGUUUUUCCUAUGAUGUAUCCGGAAGUGUUUGAAAGAUAUCAUAUCACACCUCCAAAAGGUGUUCUCUUUCAUGGCCCACCGGGAACUGGAAAAACAUUAAUAGCUAGAGCAUUAGCAAAUGAAUGUAGUCAGGGUAGUAGAAAAAUGGCCUUUUUUAUGAGAAAAGGAGCAGAUUGUUUGUCAAAAUGGGUUGGUGAAUCAGAACGGCAAUUGAGAUUGUUGUUUGAGCAGGCUCAACAAAUGAAACCGUCCAUUAUAUUUUUCGAUGAAAUUGAUGGUCUUGCACCUGUCAGAAGUACCAAGCAAGAUCAAAUUCAUGCUAGCAUCGUAUCUACCCUUUUAGCACUUAUGGAUGGUCUUAGUGACAGAGGAGAGGUUAUAGUAAUUGGCGCAACAAAUAGAAUAGAUGCAAUUGAUCCUGCAUUACGAAGACCUGGUCGUUUUGAUCGUGAAUUAUUCUUUCCUUUGCCUGCAAUGAAAGAAAGAUUAGAAAUUUUAAAGAUUCAUGUUAAUAAAUGGGAAAAUCCACCAACUGAACAAUUGUUAGAAAUAUUAGCCGAAAAGGCAACUGGUUAUUGCGGUUCGGAUUUAAGAGCUUUAUGUACCGAAGCAGUACUACAAGGAUUAAGAAGAACAUAUCCACAAAUUUACAUGACCAGCAAUAGAUUGCUUUUGGAUCCUCGACAAGUAGAAGUAAAAAAACAAGAUUUUAUGCAGGCUAGUUCUACUCUAAUUCCAUCAUCACAGAGAGUAACUCCUUGUGCAGGUAGAAAAUUGCAGCCUUUUAUGGAGCCUCUAUUAGGUCCUCCAUUAGAAGAAUUGAUUGGUUUAGUAAAAGGAAUAUUUCCUCAAGGUGUCAAUCCUGCUAUGGCAAAAGUGAAAGUUACUAAAGGAAUACAUCGUCCAAGGUUAUUAGUUUCUGGUGGUAAUUUGUCUAAAGGUCAAGGACCUCAUUUAGCACAGGCUCUGCUACAUCAUAUGGAACAUUUACCAGUACAAACAUUAGAUGUUAGUACACUUUUUGCAGAGAGUGCACGAUCUCCAGAAGAAACCUGUGUGCAGGUGUUUAAUGAAGCUACCAGAAAUGUACCGUCCAUUAUUUAUAUACGUUCGAUUGAUCAAUGGUGGCCAUUAGUUCCAGAGACUGUAAAAGCUGUUUUUUUGUGUCGUAUUGCAGCGCUUGAUACUUCAUUGCCUAUAUUAAUUCUUGCAACUAGUGACGAAACAUAUCAAGAUCUUCCUAUGCAAUUAAAAAAUCUUUUCAGUGAACUCCGUGGCGAAGUAUAUACUUUGAAAAUUCCAAAUUCGGAACAAAGAUCGAAAUUUUUCAAACCUAUAUUUAUGAUUCAAAGUUUAAGACAACCACAAAUUAAAGAUAACAAAGUUCAAGUAUUAAAGGAACUUCCUUUGGCUCCAGAUCCAAUGCCAAAGAAGUUAUCCGACGAAGAGAAAAAGAUGUUGUAUGAAAAAGAAGAAGUAUCUUUAAGAGAACUUAGAAUUUUCUUGAGAGAAAUAUGUGCCAAACUUGCUAGGAAUCGACAAUUUUUUAUGUUCACCAAACCAGUAGAUACCGAAGAAGUACCCGAUUAUAAUAUGAUAAUAAAGCAACCUAUGGAUUUAGAAACUAUGAUGACUAAAAUUGAUAUGCAUUGUUAUCUAUGCGCUCGAGAUUUUCUGGAUGAUAUUGAUCUUAUUUGUAGAAAUGCAUUGGAAUAUAAUCCAGAUAGCUUGCGUGAUAGGCCCUCCCUUGGGAUAUUGAAGAGGGAUCCAGCGGAUAAAUUGAUUAGACACCGUGCCUGUUCUCUUCGUGAUAAUGCAUAUGCAUUGAUAAAGGCUGAAUUGGAUUCUGAUUUUGAAGAUAAAUGUCGUGAAAUAUCUAAAAAUCGUAAAAUUAUUGAAACCGAUCAUAAAAACGAAACGCAAACUAAAGUUACAAAAACAGAACUUACAUUGCCAAAUGAGAAAAAUGAGAAAAAAGAUUCGGAGUUAGUAAACAAUACAUUGUCUGUGAACGGGAAAAGAUUUAGUCAUUCCAGAAAACGCAAGAUUCCUGCUUGGGCCAGAGGUUACGUAAAGAAGGUGCAAAAGAAAAAGAAAAUUAGCUUUGACGAUAAUAUACCUGAAGUAAACAACAAGGUGUGUCUAACUAAUGAAACCUCAGUUGGUAUAGAUCUAGAGAAAUUUCAAGAAUUUGAAACAGAAGCAAAUAGUGUUUUAAAUGGUCAUGUGCCAUUAUUUGAUAACACUGAUUCUGAGAAUGAUUCACAAAACGAAAACUCCAAGGAUAUACAAUUAAAUCACAAUGACAAUAUAGUAGAACAGCGAAUUGAUGAUCUUGAAAAUACGGAAAUAUGUUUCAUAGAAGAUGAUAAGAAUAUUGGAAAUGAUGUUUCAAGUUCAUCAUCCAGACGAGAAAGUUUAGAUGAAUUGUCAUUUGCAAUUGAGAGUGAUUCUAGUCCAUCAAAAGUUGAUGAAAACGAUAAAGUUAUUAUCGAUAAAAAUGAACUUGAAACUGCAUGGUUGCACACUGUAAAAGUUACAAAGGAUUUUCCUGUGGAGGUAUUGUGUGACAUUUAUGUGCAAUUAAGUAGGUGUGUAGGAAGAUACGCGCAUCAUUAUGAUAGAAAAUCACUGCCAAAGGACUUACUCAAGGAACUGGAAAGAUUUGAAGAGUACAAGACAAGUUUGUAUGAGAAAGCACAACAUAAUGUUAGUCAACUAAAUACACAGUAGAGGAUAUGUUGUGAAUUGAUGUAGUUUCACCAUAAAAAAGACUUAUUAUGUACUGGCACUAAAAGUACAGUUAAUAUCAAAGGAAAAUUCAGUGCCGUACAUUUUUCAGUUCUUAUAACUGCCAAAUAUAAAAUAUUUACAAAUGAUUGUCACUAUCGUAAUAGUUGAAUUAAUAUGUAAUAAGAUUCAAAAGAAAUGUUUCUUUAAAAAGACAAACAAGCUUUAUUGUUUGCAAAUUGCAUUGGCUCUUUGUAAACAGAAGAAACAUAAGAAGAAAAAAGCAAUAGAACAUUGAAGUAAGAACAUUUUCCCUAAUUUUAUAAAAAAUAAUUCUUUUUAUAGCUGACAGUUAUUUAUAUUAUUUAUUAUUAUUAGUGACAAAUUUACAUUCUUUUAGAGUUUUUAUUUUUAAUUAUUUGAUAUUAUAUGUGUUGAUGCGCAUUUUUUUUUUUUUAUUUUAAUGAUCAUUAUGAUAACAUUAAUUUGGAUAAAGUGAUACGGAGCGAAGAUUUUUUUUUAAUAAUAUGAUCAGUUUUUUAUACAAUACAACAAUAAUAAGAAAGGAAAUAAAAAUUUACUAAAAUCGUGCAAAUCACAUGGUUAUACAAAGAUGAUGGUAAAUUAGUACAUUAUGUACUUAAACGAAUUUCGCUAAUACACGGAAUUGUAAUGAAACUAUUCCAUUUAAAGUAGCACAAGCAUGUUGUUAAAUUGUCAUACAACAUAUAUUACCAAAUUAUAGAACCAUUUAAAUUUAUAUUAUUGUAUAUGCCAUUACAGAUUACAUGCUAUAGAGAAUAUAUAGCUCCGACGAAUAUAUUCCUGAUACAAUAUUAAUUUUACAAAGUGGAUAUAAUUGGAAAAACUAGUUGAAAACAAAUCAUAUAGGUAAUAUUAACAUCUUGAAAGAGUUUUCAUUAACACAUGUCAAAGUAAUAAAAAAUAUUCUCUUAAUUUUUUAAUCUGCAGAUUUUAAUGUUUUAUAUAUCUUUUCAUAUUUAAAGUACAUGCAAACGAAUUAGACACAAGAAAGGAAAUAUUUUCCACUUUGUAAAAAUGAGAAUCCAAAUGUAUAAGAAAAUAGUAUAAAUACAUUCCAGGUAAACAAUAAUCAUAUAUCGAGGUAUUACCGAGGUAUUUAAAUUUUAUAUAUGUAUAAUUUAUUUAUAAGUAAGUGAAUUUAAUUUCUAUUGUAUUUAUAGAUAAAAUAGUACAUUUUUAUUUUUAUUAGAUUUACAUAGCAAAAUUUUUAGAUAAAACAAAUCUUAUUGCACAAGAUCACAAGAAAUUCAAUGAAGCGACACGUACAUCACACUUUGUUGCUAAAAGUUCAAUUUAAUUAAGCUUUCAUUAAGCUUCUUAAACGCAAAUAUUAUUAUUAUUAUUUGAUUUGUAUAAUCUACAAUGCAUUUCAUGUGAUAAUUUAACAUAGCAUAAAUCAUUUAAAGAUUUGAUAAUUUAUGCAAAAUAUAAUUGAUAUAUGCUUAAUGAACAUAAUGUAUAAUGAAAAAAAAAGAAAAAAAAAACUGAUUAUCUGCAGUUUAUUUUAACCAAAGUUAUCGAAUAUAUAGAUUAUUAGCUUGUUAACAGUAUAAGAGUUGAAAAAAUUAAAAAUCUUCUAAUAAUUUUAGAAUACUUUGACGUGUGAAAAGGAAUAUGAAAAUGUAUAAAUAUUAUAAUAACAUAUGUAAUCUUCAAUAUAAGUUCAUAUGCUGGUUGUGAUCUACAUCGUUACUCUGAGAUGAUAGUUACCAGAUAAAAUGCGUAAAUGUAUCAGUCUUAAUAUAUUAUAGCACAGAGAAAGAGAGAGAGAGAGAGGGAGAGGGAGAGGGAGAGGGAGAGGGAGAGUUACUCGAAUUGGAAUAUUAUUCUACCAUUUCUUAGACAAGUCUUUACUGUAUUGCGCUAUGCUGCUCUGUGCAUUUCUAAAGAAUCGAAGAUGAAACAGACUUGUAAAAAGAAAAUUGAAUUUUUAUAUAAAAUUCACUUUUAAAAAGCGAAAGAGAAAUCCAUUAGAUUUGAUUCCAUAUGAAAAUGUGAAUUUAUGUUACCAUAAAAACUCAUUAAGAUUCCUCUACAGAAUCUUAUGUCGUGAUUAAUUGAAAUUAAUGCGUACUUUACUUAAUGUUUAUUAGCAAAUAGGCCUUAAAAGACUGAAUCUGACAAACAACUUUUCAUUUUCUAGCGUUUCUUUUUUUACGAUUGAAUUGUAGAUAAAACGUAAUGAUUUUAUUUGAUGGUGAUAAAUUAAUGUAAAUAUUAAUAAAUAUCGAAAUGAAUAAUUUUUAUACACACACACACACACACACACACACACAGAUUCUCGUCAAAAAUAAAAAACAUAUGCGUUUAUUGACUUUUUUCAAAAGUACAUUGAACCUUAAUAUUUUCUUUAUCAUUUCUUUUUUUAUUGGUUAUUACUUAUUGUGUUUAUGUACGUGUAUAUAUAUAUAUAUAUAUAUAUAUAUAUAUAUAUAUAUAGCACACACAUACUUGUAUUAUUUUUUAAAGUAUUCGAUCUUGGAAAAAUUUUGUUAACUCUGUUAUGUUACUUCGUAACUCCGAUUUUUUUUUACCGAACAUUUCUGUCACUUAAUAUAAAAUUUUUAAUAAAAAAUAGAGAAUUAAUUUAAUUCAAUUUGUCAACACAUAUAUGACAAUCUUCAAUUCAUGAAAAAAAUGUACGUAUUUAUGUGGUUUGUUAUGUAUAAAUCUAUAGAUAUAUGUAAUCAGAAUGAAAAGAAUAUUUCUUUGUAAAUCAUACAUUCUUUUUUUUAUUUCACAUAUAUUAUUUUCAUUAUAAACAAUAUAAAUUUGAAUUUCUUGUGCUCGUGCAAUAUAAUUUUCUUAUAGAAACUAUGUACACAUAUUUUACAAUCAUUACAUAAUAUCCGAAAGUAAACGAUGACAAUUGAUCUCAGCCAAUAAUUAACAUGUAUAAGAAAAUUCGAUAUAAUUAAUAAUAAUUAACAGUCAUGUAUUAAUUGUAAGUAAAACUAUAUUCAUACAUAUAUAUUAUAUAUAUAUAUGUAUAUAUAUAUGUAUAUGUAUAUAUAUAUAUAUAAAAGUAUAUUAUGAUUUAUUUAAAUACUGAAAUGCAAACGGAUAUGCGAAAGCGGGCUUUUGUCACCGCUUGUAUUUUAGAAUUAGCCUCUAUGAUAUUAUCAGUAAAACGUAUCCAUCAAAAAAAAAAAAAAAAAAAAAAAAAAGAAAAAAGAAAAAAGAAAAAGAAAAAAAAAGUAAUUGACAUGAUGAACGUAAUAAGAAGAUAAUAUCAAUUUCUGUCCUAAACAUUUUCUUGAUUAUAAUACUAUCGAGGUCUGUGCUUUAUAAAGGAAAUAGACGUUUAUAAAAAGGGGCUAUUUUAUGUUAGAAAAAUGUAUUAAAACAUUCAUAUAUGUACGUGCAACGUAUAAUUCGAAUAUUAAGUAUAAUGUAUCUUGUAAUAUUACGUAUGUCUAACAUAUAUUUUGGUGCUUACAAAAUUAUACCUGUUCUUGGGUAUAAGUAUUUGGAGUAUUGAUAUCAAAAAUGACAACAGUUUUGUUCUAUCAACUAUAACUUUCGAGAUAAGGUAUAACAAUCAUCAAAAUACUAAUUCUCUCGAUUAAAAUUCAGAAUCUUUGAUUGUAUGAGUUGUUAUAUUUCUAAAUGAUUUGAAAACUAUACUUGUUGAGUUGAACUUGCAUCAGAUAUUUACAAUGUGUUCCAUUUACGUUCUGAAAAAUUAUAAUUAAAAAAAAAAUGCAUUUUAUUAUUAAAUUAUAAUUUUGCAAAUCAGUAUCUAUGCCAAAUUUCCAAAAUUAUAGCUUAUACGAUGAAAUCAAUAAUAUUUUCGGAAUCAACCAAAUAUAAUACUUAAGAAUAAGUUUAAUUUUUAGAGCAUCAGAUCAAAACUUUUUUUUGUUGGACUAUUUCAUUUUUUUUUCUUCUUUUUUGCAGUAUAUAUUUUAUUUAAAAAGUAAAGAAUAUCAAUAUAUGAAUUCGAUAAAACAGAGUAAUUCAGUAUAAUAUUUCAAUAUGAUAACGUGAUUUCGGUAAUUCAUCUAUUUUUUUCAUGUUCGUAUUUUAAUUAUCAAAUUGUUUGAAUUGUUAACUAAUUCGUUGAAGAUCUCGUUGUGUAUAUAUAUAUACAUAUCAUAUAUGUGUAUAUAUAUAUGUAUGUAUAUAUAUGUAUAUAUAUAUACACACACCUAUAUUAUAUAAUCACAGUCAAAUUUUCAAAUAAACGAAAGUCUUAUCGAAAUUGACAGUAUUUCAUAACGUAAGGUAAUCUAUAAAAAUCGUGAUAAAGACGAAAUUAAUUAAUAAAAUAAAUAGCUAGCCUCAUUUUUAAGUACAUACAUAUAUCUCUGAUCUAAGUAAAUCGGUGAAGGAACGUUGUACUUUCUCUUGCUCAGGUUAAUAUAUAUCUCUCUCUAGAUUUUAGUCUAUAUAUAUAUAUAUAUAUAUAUAUAUAUAUAUAUAUAUAUAUAAAAGAAAAACUAGUUAUAUAUAAGAUCCAAGAGAAAAAGCUCUACUAUAAUGAGAGAAAUAACGUAUUAAUUCACUUUAGAAAAAGAUAUAUGUCAUAUGGUUGUUAUUAAAAUAGCGCUUGCUUUUUUCAAAAUGAUCUAUGCAAGUACAAGAGUUUAUGCAUUUAUAAUGGAUCACAAAAAAUAUAUUAAAAUAUUUUAAAACUAAAGUAAUAACUUCUUUUAGACUGGCAGAAUAUUUAGAAUGUUUCGAUAGAAAUGAAAGAGUAAUAUACUAUAAAAAGAAAUAUAAAGAAUGAAAACAAAUUGUUUUGAGUUAUACCAGUGAUAUAUAAAAUAGAAAGCAAACUUUUUUUUUUGAUGAUCCAUUUUGUUCAAUUCGAAAAAAAUUAUUCCCUUAUAAUAAAAACUUUUUCGAUUAUUUUUGUGACCCAUUGUAUAUAAAUAUUUAUUUGUCGAAACUCUUCCAAGCUGUAAUUUACAGUAAUAAAUCAAUGAUCACUAUUACAAAGUGAACAUAUUUCGAUCGUAAAAAUUUGUCAGUCAACGAUAUAUGUUUUUAUAUAAACAAUAAAAUAAUAUAAUAAUAAUAAUAGUAAUAAUAAUAGUAAUAAUAAUAAUAAUAAUAGUAAUAAUAAUAAUAAUAAUAAUGGUAAUAAUAAUAAUAUCGUUUAAGAUAAUUUCGAGAAUAUAUUGCGAAAAUUUUUAUAUACAUACAUACGUACAGUUGUAUCAUCGGCCUCACUCAUUCAAUUAUUUUUAAAUAUCUUUCACAGUUAUAUAAAGUACUUACAGUAGAGUCACUCGUAUCUAAAUACUUAUUAUCCGAAUUCUCAUAAUAUUCGAACGUUUUACUAUUUAAACAAAAUGUCUUUCAACAAAAGAUGCUUUCUUUUGUGGCAUGUACAUAUACAUAUAUAUUUUCCUCUGCUUAAUCGAACGAAUUUUGAUCAUAACAAUGUCUAGGUUAUAUCAUAACAGAACAAACAACUUUAAAAAUUUUUUUUAACUAAACAAUAUGAAAUAAAACAAUGAGCUCCGGCUCACUACCUCAAAAAUAUUAUAAAUUUUCUAAAUAAAACUUUCCUACAACGAUAGAUUGGCUGUGACGAUCACAUUGCUUGAUCACUCAGAUCUCCAGAUUUUACACUUUUUGGAUUUCUAUAUUUGGAGGUAUAUAAAAGACAAAAUCUUUGUUUACAUAUAUCGCAGAGUGUGAAACACAGCUAAAAGAGAGAAUAAGAAACAUUCUUGCUUUAGUAAAUGAGAAGUUUAUUGAGAAAGUUUGACUGUCUUAAAUUUUAGUGGGAUGUAUGUCGCGUCCGAACGGAAUUAAUUGACGGAAUCCACAUAGAACAUUUCUGUAGCAUUCAUAAAAACUUGAAUGUUUAAAGUUUUUAUGUUUUAUGAUGUUUACUAUAUUAUGAUACAUCUCGUAGUACGAAGAUAAGAGCGUACGGUGUGACAAUGGCAACUAAUUAAGUGUAAACAAAAGAUGUUUAACAUCAGAAAAGUGUUUGUUCCUGUUAUGCAAACACUUUUGUCUCCUUAUUGGUUCAGAUAUCGGAGACUCUACUGUAUUACGUUCAAAGUUGUAUUAUUUACAGGGAAAGUGUACGAGCACAUAGAUCGUUACGAGCACAUAAAAUAUGUUCAACACAUAUUAAUACAUAUACCGUAAAUAAUUUACAAUAGUUGUACAUAUACAUAUGUAUAUCUUUUUAUAUAUAUCUGAUUUAAAUUUCUAAUACUUUCCUGAUAUAAACAGACAAGGAACCAAUGUAUAUUGCUCCGAGGGCGAACGAAAUUCUCGUUCACUAUUUACCAAAGAAAAUUACAUGAGAAUUCAUCCGACAAAAGAAAUUCUUUUACAUUUAUAUAAGUAUAUAUGCAUACAUACAGGGUGUCCUCCCAUAUUAUAUACAAGUGAAAAUAAGAAGAACAAACAAACAAAUGUUAGACGGAGGAUAGUUAAAAUAGAUUUUAUUCUAGAAAUAUCUCAUUUUAUCUUUAGUUUUGUUAUCUGCAUGGACUGUUACGUUAAUUACGUAAUAAACAUUAUGCUUAUACAUGAAUAAGAUAAAUAUAAUCAAGCUUUCUAUAUUUUUUCAUAACACAAAGAUCGUAUAUACUUUAUGUUACAUUUAUAUAAUAUUAUCUUUAACCUACUAUAACGUCGUGUAUGUAAUUUUCAAAAUUAUAAAAAAUAAGUAUACACAUAUAUAAAAUUUCUUAAAUUUUAUUUCAUUUUAUUAUUAUAAAAUUAUUCAUCAAUUUUCAUAUAUGGAAUUUCUUUUUCAAGUCUAUGUUAUACUUAAUAUAUAUAUAUAUAUGAAAUAUGUUUUGGCAAACCUGAAAAAAUAUCGGAUUAUAGAGGGUUAACUUUAUAAAUAAACAUAUUUAUAGAGUCGCACAUUUUUGCAUAUAUAUGAAUAAUAUCAUUUUUUUUCUUAUUUCCAUUUGUAAAAUAAUAGAAAAGAAAGAACUCGAAAGAGACACCCCGGGUAUGUAUAAUAAUUUAUAACGAUAAUAUUACGAGAAAGAAGGGUCAUAAUUAUAGAGUAAAAAGAGAAAAAAAAUAUUAAUGAAAAUCUUUCGAAUUGCUUACAGACUUUUUUCCGUUUACAUAGAUCCGCUUGACAUUCCAUCCUAAAUAAAAAAUCGAAUACGAUUGACAUAUAUAUUAUUAUUUUAUUAUGGUGCUACGCUCUCGUAAAAUGCUAUCAUCUCUGUAUUGCCAUAAAUUUUGCAAACAAAAAAAAAGAGAAAGAAAAGAAAUGAAAAGAAACAAACAAAAAAAAGGGAUAAAAAACUCAAAUGAAAAAAGAAGAGGUAAAUAUUACAAGAAAGAAAAAACUAUAAAAGUUAAAAAACCAAUAAAAGAAACGACAACAAAAAAAAAGAACAAGUCGAUCGCGUAUCGUACGGAGUGAGAGAGAAAUAUUUGCGGUGAACACUGCCUUUUAAAUUGAUUCGCUUAUGGUUUAUUAAACACAGUAAGAGAAAACUCGAAAGAUCAACUUCCCCUGAAUGUAAAAGAUAAUGCUAGCUAGAAACGUACAUACAUAUUUAUAUGUAUGUAAAUUAAAUAUGUUUGCGGAAUGUUGUGUCGUAAAAUUAAUAAUACGUAUAUUACGUGUCGAUAUCAUAUUGUAUUCGUCCUUUUUGACGAGCUGAUCGAUGGAAGUUGUAUAAGGGAAAUAACACAGGGAGAGUGUCGAUGCUAAAACAGCAUCCACUGCCUUAUUUAUUUUACCAUAUAAGUAAUAAUACAUCUUAUUGUCAUACACGCUAUAGUAAGCAGAACCACAACAACAAAACAAAAGAUUAAAAAAAACAUUAAAUAAAUAAAACAAAGUUUCGUAACAUAUUA